AUGGGCGUCACCAAGGCACCGGCGAUUUGGUCAGUCGGCGUGGUGGUUGCAGCGUUCAUCGUCGCAGCUCAAGGAUCGCCGUCGUCGAGUGCCCGCCGCCCCUAUAGUCUCUUCGAAGACGACGGACUGAGUAGACGUCAUGGUCAACGUCACUACGAUUUCGUGAUAAAGGAGAGCAACUACACGAGGCUCUGCCGUGAAAAGACCAUCCUCACCGUCAACGGCGAGUUCCCCGGCCCGACCAUCUACGCGAGGAAGGGCGACGUCGUCGUUGUCAACGUCUUCAACCAGGGCCAUAAGAACAUCACCCUCCACUGGCACGGGGUGAACCAGCCGCGAAGUCCGUGGUGGGACGGGCCGGAGUACAUAACGCAGUGCCCGAUCCAGCCCGGCGGCAACUUCAGCUACCGGAUCAUCUUCUCCGAGGAGGAAGGCACGCUGUGGUGGCACGCGCACACCGCCAUGGAUCGCGACACCGUGCAUGGCGCCAUCGUCAUACGCCCCCGGCGCGGCACGACCUACCCAUUCAGCAAACCGCACAGAGAGAUACCCAUCAUCCUCGGGGAAUGGUGGAACGACGACAUCGGGCAAGUGCUCGCCGACGCCAUCUCCACCGGCAGCGACUUCCAGUCUUCAGACGCGAACACCAUCAACGGUCAGCCGGGUGACCUGUUCGCUUGCUCCGGCGACGGCACCUUUAGGCUGCCAGUCAAGCACGGCAAGACCUACAUGAUCCGGAUCAUCAACGCGGCCCUCACCAACGGAUUCUUCUUCGCCGUCGCCGGGCACCGCCUCACCGUGGUCGGCUCCGACGCUUCCUACACCAAGCCGUUCAGCGCCGACCACGUAUUCAUCGACGCCGGCCAAACGGUGACCGCGCUGCUCAAGGCCCGCCGUGGCCGCUCAAACGCCCGGCACUUCUACAUGGCGUCGAGGCCGCUGGCGACCAACCCGCAGGCCACCGUCGACAGCAGCACGGCCACCGCCGUCCUGGAGUACGUCGACGCUCCCGCGGCGCCGGGCGAUGCGGCGCAUGGUCUCCCCAGCCUUCCCGCCAUCAACGACAGCUCCGCGGCGGCCGCGUUCACGGCGCGGCUCAGGUCGCUGGCCAGCAAGGGGCACCCGGCCGACGUGCCCCGGCGCGUCGACGAGCACAUGCUCGUCACGGUGGAGGUGAACGAGAUCGCGUGCGCGCCCGGCGAGGUGUGCAAGGGGCCCCACGGCAACCGCUUCGCGUCGAGCCUCAACAACGUGAGCUUCGAGAUGCCGCGGAGCGACGUGCUCGGGGCCUACUACCGCUCCGCCGUCGGCGGCGUGGCCAGGACCGACUUCCCCGACAACCCGCUGUCGCCCUUCAACUUCACGGCCGACGACCUGCCCCCGGAGCUCGCGCUGACCGCGAGAGGCACGAGGGUGAAGGUCCUGGAGUACGGCGCCGUCCUGGAGGUGGUGCUGCAGGGCACGACCAUCCUCGGCGGCGACAGCCAUCCCAUGCACCUGCACGGGUUCAGCUUCUACAUGGUGGGGAGAGGGACUGGCAACUUCGACAAGCGCACGGACCCGGCCAAGUACAACCUGGUCGACCCGCCGUACCAGAACACCGUCUCCGUGCCCAAGAACGGAUGGGUCGCAAUCCGCCUCCGUGCAGAAAACCCUGGCGUAUGGUUCAUGCACUGUCAUUUCGAGCGCCACAUGGUGUGGGGGAUGGAGACGGUGUUCAUUGUGAAGAACGGCAAGGGACCAAAUGCCAAGAUCAUGCCACCGCCUCCAAAUAUGCCCAGGUGUUGA